AUGGGAGCAUUUGGUUUAGUUUGUUCUGCAAAAGACCAACUUAAAACAACCAAUGUUGCCAUCAAAAAAAUUCUAAAACCUUUUAGUACACCUGUUCUUGCAAAAAGAACCUUUCGAGAAUUUAAAUUACUCAAGCAAUUGAAACAUGAAAAUAUUAUUAGUUUAAAUGAUGUUUUUAUUUCGCCAUUAGAGGACAUUUAUUUUGUUACAGAAUUAUUAGAAACAGAUUUACAUCAAUUGUUAACUUCAUAUCCAUUGGAAAAACAAUUCAUUCAAUACUUUUUAUAUCAAAUAUUGCGUGGCUUAAAGUAUGUUCAUUCAGCUGUAGACGUAACAAUUACAACUAUAGUAAUCAAAAUGAUGAGCAUUUCCAGCAUUUUAAACAAUGUAUCUUCUGAUAGAAAUGACAACGAAAGUAGUAAUGGUAAACUUGGUAAUGAUGAUAUCUGUAGUAGUGCUAGUAUCAUUGAUAAUAGUCUUACCAAUAGUUUUAAUAUAGAUGAAUUAGUAUUUUCAGAUGAUGAUCCAGAAUAUUUGAUGGAGAUUGAUACACUAAUCAAACGUAAAGAUGGAAAAAUCCCAUUCCUUGACAUGACUUUCAAUUUUCCAUGA